CGAUGACACCGUGUAGCUCAUGAAAAUGGCACGUUGCGGGGUUCCAGAUGUAGCUGAAUAUAAUCACUUUCCCAGAGACCUCAAGUGGGAAACAACAAAUGUGACUUUCAGGAUACUGAAUUACACUCCUGACCUAGAGAAGACGGAGGUGGACAGAGCCCUUCGAAAUGCUUUUAAUGUCUGGAGUGACGUGACUCCAUUGAGAUUUAAGAAACUUCACGAGGGAAAUGCUGAUAUCAUGAUCAGCUUUGGAGCAAAAGAGCAUGGAGACUCCAACCCAUUUGAUGGACCUGAAGGGCUUCUCGCUCAUGCUUACCCCCCUGGAAAAGGCAUCGGUGGAGACACACAUUUUGAUGAGGAUGAAACAUGGACCAAAGACGAUCAUGCAUUCAAUCUCUUCUUGGUUGCGUCCCAUGAAUUUGGUCAUGCUCUUGGUAUGGCACAUUCCUCUGACCCCGGGUCACUGAUGUACCCGGUAUAUUCAUAUGCCAAGAGUUACCCUCUAUCUGAAGAUGACAUUAAAGGCAUUCAGUCUCUCUACGGUCCAAACCCCAACCAAAGAAAAGUCAAGCCCAAACCAGACGCUCCGAGCAGAUGUGACCCUGAACUGGAUUUUGAUGCGGUUACUGAGCUCCGUGGAGAGACCAUCAUUUUCAAAGACAGGUUUUAUUGGCGGUUACAUCCACAAAUGCUUGAGCCUGAACAAACCCUUAUUAAAUCUACCUGGCCAGAAAUUCCAAACAAAGUAGACGCUGCUUACGAGAACCCAGAGAAAGAUGUCGUCAUCAUAUUCAGUGGAAUCAAAAUGUGGGCUCUCAAUGGCUACAAUCUGGUUGAGGGCUAUCCAAAAUACAUCCACAAGCUUGGCCUCCCGAAGACUGUCCGCAAAAUCGACGCUGCUGUUUACAUCAGAGACACGGGCAAGACUCUGCUAUUCACUGAUGAAGAAUACUGGAGUUAUGAUGAGCAAACAGGCACCAUGGACAGUGGCUACCCACAAUCCAUUGAGAAAGACUUUCCUGGAAUAGGAGAUGAGGUGGAUGCCGCCGCCUACCAUUACGGAUAUUUGUACUUCUAUCAUGAGCACCUGCAGUUUGAAUACAGCUACAGCUCACGGAAAGUCAUGCGCAUCAUGAGGGCCAAUUCGAUACUCAACUGUUGAGCCAUUGUAAUGUGGAUUUUCCAUAAACUGUCAAUCACUAUCAGCUGUGAAAAAUGAGCGUUCAUUUCAAAACACACUACUGAGCUGGUGAAUCAGUAGAAAGAGUCUUUUACGUCAUUGUAUUUAUAGACCAUGAUUCUGGAAUCAUGUUUGGGAUAUUUUGGUAUACUUCUAUAAGAUUCUGUAUGGAAGUCCUAUAGCAACUAAGAAAGUGAAAUAUACACUGAAUACCACUAUGCAACUAAAUAAAAACAAACAAAAAAAGUCCUUGGAAUUAUUUCCACGAUGAGCUUCUAAAUUCUUUUUUUGUACCAAAAAAAUAAGGUGAUGGGCUUUUGUGUUUUUGUGUUGUCAAGAGUUGUUAUUUG